UAAUAAUAAUAACAAUGGUAAUAGUUUGAAUGAAAUGCCAACACUAAUCAAUAGACAAACUAUCAAUUCAAAUUAUCCGCUAACACAUUCAAUGUCCAAUAGUAAUGAAAAGUUAAGAUUUGAACAAGAAACCAUUCAACCAAUGAAUCCAAUCUUAUCUUAUGUUGUACAUGAUUAUGAGAAAAGUGUUUUAAAUUUAAUGUCACAAGAGUUAGGCAACACUAUGCCCACUUCAUCAUAUCCAUCUAAUACAAUAAAGUUAUUGCCAACAUCGAAUUCAUCUUUAUUCAGUUUAAAUGAUAAUCAUACUAAUUUAAGUAAGAAAACGUGUUCAUGGUCAAAUUAUCCUAUAAAUGAAGGUGGAUAUGACGAAAGCUGUGUAAAUUAUACGCUCAGUAAUAACAAUAAUACUGAUUCUGUAAUUCCCUCCGUUUUAACCACACACUCAGUAUUAAAUAAUCCCCCACCACAGAUGACAGCAGUUCAUAACACACUAGCAUGGUCUACAAAUCAAGACGUUAAGCAUACUAGAGCUUCAUUCAUACCUCAAAAUUAUCCUUCAACAAUUGAUGAAAGCUCGUGUGAUGAAAGUUUAAGUGAUGAUAAUAAUAAUAAUACUAAUCCCAAUAAUAGUAAUUAUCAGUAUUAUCAAUCACAAAUUUUAUAUCCUCCACAAUUAAAUUCAUUCAGUCCAUAUAUUCAAGCCUCUUCAGCUAAAUUAUCAACUGGUUUAAUAUCACAUCACAACAAUAUUGAUUAUUUUAGUGAAAAAAUCGAUUUAACCAAUUUAAAUUCAAGGAUUCAAUAUCCUAUUGAGAAUGAUACUAUUGAAAAUCAGACUAAUUUAACCCCAUUAGUAAAACAAACUGUCAAUCAUAAUGAUUUCAAUAAUAGUAAUAUUACUACUACCACUACUACCGCGCAAUUCAAUCCUGAGGGUAACACCACUUUUUCAAAUUGUACACAUGAUCAAACAUUUCGACAAUGGUUGAACGAUUCCUUAACAGUAAGCCAAGUUAAUCACUGCACAGAUAAUUGUCGUAUACCUGUUCUUCUAUGCCCAAGAAGUAUGUAAUUAUUGUUGUAAUAUUGUGCAACUAUUGUGUGUAGAAAUAUUUUUUCUACUUCUGAAAAUGAUGUCUAUUGAUUUUAUUGUGAUUUUUUUUCCCCACCUGAACAGUGAGUCAUAACUUUCCACUACCUACUUUUGAAAGCAUCAAAAUAGUCGUUUGAACGGUCUUUCUUGUAUCUUGUACAAUAAAUGUUGUCACAAUCACUUUACUAUUUAUUGUUAUUUUGAUUGUAAGAAUGAAAAAAACAACAAGAUAUUUAUG